GAAACCCAAAAACACUUCCUGCAUCUUUUAUUCACCAAUCGUCAGCCCAAAACCAUCAAACCAAUUUUCCAGAUCUAGAUCUUCUUUCAUGGUGAUGCCAAGCUAUUCCCCUGAAUUUAACGUCUCAAAGCACCAAAAUUUAUGGGCAGAUCUUUCUUUUCUUUGGAACUAGUUCAAGAGUACUCGGAAAAGAGGAACAUAUUUCACCAAAGCUUGUUACGUUUUGGAAGGGGCUUUUGAAAUUCAUUACGGCCUGGGUGGAUGGCAGCAUUUUUCAGGUGACAUCUUUGAAAACCCUAAUUGGAUUGAUUGGUUGCUGGAUAUUAGGGUUUAGAAUUAAUUUCCAGUCUUGGGUGAUAUGGUUUAUUUUGGAUAUAUUGUUAAUUACCUCAAUCACUUGGACCCAUUUGAUAGUUUUUUGGGCAUUUUUAUUGGAUUAUAUUAGUGCUCAGUGUGGUGCAAAGUUAGCUAAAUAUGGGACUCUUGUUGUUUUCGAUUUUGGUUUCACUCAGUUAAAUGUUGGGUUUGAUCAUGAAGUUGGCUGCCAAUGCCAUAUUGAAGAGUUUGGUGCUAUGGUGCUGGUUGUAAUUGGGUUUUAUUUCAUAUUUAGCUUUCUAUCAACAAAUACCAAAAAGAUGGUAGACAUGGUAGGUCUAGGUUUUGUUGAUGGUCUUAGAUGUUUGGGAGUGGAAGCUGAUUAUGGUCUUGAGGGAUGGUAUAUUUUUUCUCCUAGUACGUGGACUGGUAAAGGAAUACAGAGCAAUCAGAAUAAGCAUGAAUUAAACUUCCUAUACUGGUGGGAUGGAUAUUUCUAUUUUGUUCUUUCCACACCCAAACUUUUAAGGUCUGCAGCACAUCAAGGCUCCAAAGGCAGGUGGUGUUUUGAUGCCGCCCUCGUUUCGAUUCCUUUUGUUUGGGCACAUCUCCCUCUGAAAUUUCCUGGUUUUUAUUGCGAGAAUGUCCCACCUCAUUUCUGCCUCCAGUCUGCUGAGGAUUAUGUUCUUCCCUAUCAAGAUCCAUUGACCUCUCCUCACAAUUUCUGCAGUGUAAGGACAGCAUCGGAGUGUCUACCCCGAGUUCCACCUCGGGGCUUUGCAAGUCAUCUCGGAGUACAAGCGCGGACUAAAGAAGGACUUCUGGUUUGGUGCAAUUACAUUGGCACCGUCUGUGGGAAUCGAACUGAAAGCUUUCUAGUUGCUCUUUCAUCAUGGUUCACACUCGAUCAGUCAGAGCUGCUCCUACCUCAGAUCCCCACUAUGUUCCCUCCUGUUGAUCAUGCAGAAGGAGGAGAUGAAAACCAACCCCAUGCCUCAGCUCACAAUUCAACUUCCACUGCCAACCAAGACGUAGUGGCAGCUCAGCUUGCUGCCAUGCAGCAGCAGUUUGGCGUUUUUCAAUUGGUACUGGCUCAGCUUCUAGCUAGAAAUAAUCCUGGUGAUCCCCUCAUUAAUUUACUAAACCCUGCUCAACAACCCCCAGCUCCACAACAGAAUCCUCAACCGGUUCAACCUGAUCCCGCUAUUAGCGAAUCUCAGGGUCAAUCCCAUAUCGCACCAGCUCAACAACCCAUCCCUGAUGAUGUUACUCGCCACCUCGAUAGCCUGGAGAAGCUAGUAGUCGAACACCGAGGUGCUCCGCCCCCACACCAUGCUGCUGACUCUAUACCUCACCCUCUGAACACCAACAUUACACUGGAACCCUAUCCUGCUGGCUUCAAAAUCCCACAACUGGAGACUUAUGAUGGGACGAAGGAUCCCGAUGAUCACCUGCAUGCUUUUUACUCUUGCAUGCACGCUCAGAACGCCUCUGACGCGUUGAUGUGCAAAAUCUUCCCCUCUACUCUGCGAGGUAAUGCCCGAACUUGGUAUUAUAGUCUACCUCCGAGGUCAAUCAGCUCCUAUACAGAAAUGGCAUCUGCUUUUGCCACUAAGUUUUCCAGUAGAAGGUUGAUUAGGAAAACUGCUUCUGAGUUGAUGCGGGUUAAACAGAGGGACGGAGAGUCUCUGAAGAACUACAUGAGCAGGUUCAAUGAUGCGGUGUUGGAGGUUAGUUCCUUCGACCAAGCUGUGGGCAUUGCAGCUGUAAUCUCCGGUCUCAAACAUGAUAGGUUCAGAGACAAUUUGAUCAAACAUGCUGCCACCACCUUUAGCGAGGUGAACGAUAGGUCUCUGAAAUUUAUAACCGCUGAGGAAUACGCAUUGGCGCAAAACCCACCUCCCUCUAAGAACCAGAACCCAGAAUGGAGAGAUGACAAUCCGAGCCGGAAAAGGAUGAGGAUGGCGCAGAACGGGGGUCCGUUGAUGACCUCCUCGCCGAGAUUCGGAAGGCCAAAUUCAACACCCCCGCAACAGUCUGCAGAUCACGGUCAUACUACAGAGCAGUGCAACAGUUUAAGGUCCGAACUGGAAAGUCUAGCUCAGAGGGGAAUGCUGAAUGAAUACGUUCAGAGAGCCGCACAGCCACGGUUUGUCAGAGAACAAGGGCCACAGCCUCAAGGAUCCCGUAAUCCCCCUAACAGGCAAGGUGUGGGGUAUCAGCAAAACCCACCUCCACUCCCACCACCAGCCAGAAUCAUACACAUGAUCACGGGAGGUCUAGAAGCAGGUGGACUGAGCUCUAAACAGCGAAAGCUGUAUGUCAGAGAGGUUAAGCACCAAAACCGAGCUCAGAAACGAAAGAUUGACGAUGCUGAGUGGAAAAAUCAGCCCAUUACUUUCACGUCCGCUGAUCUCGAUACAGUUGUUACACCCCACAAUGAUCCCUUGGUCACUUCUGUCAUGAUUAACAACUGUGAAGUACAGCGUGUCCUUGUUGACACCGGAAGUGCACCAGACAUCAUGUACUUCCACUGUUUCGAGAGUCUUAGUCUGGAUCCAGCGUUGUUGCAGAAAUAUGAUGGCCCUAUUUAUGGUUUCAACAACCAGCCUGUUCCGGUAGAAGGAGUUCUUACCCUCCAUGUGGCUUUUGGGAGUGGUCGGACCUAUGUAACCCCUUCAGUCCGGUUCCUCGUUGUCAAGAUGGCGUCCUCUUUCAACAUCGUUAUUGGUCGACCCACAUUGACUGAAAUCCGAGCUGUGGUUUCCCAAUCUCACCUCUGCAUGAAAUUCCCCACUCCUAUGGGAAUAGCAACACUGCGAGGAAACCAGGAGGUGGCCAGACAUUGUUAUAUCACCUCGGUCACACAACCCACGAAGGGCAAAGAUCAAACACCCGAGGCCAUUCCCCAACGAAUUCCAGAUAAUCAGCAAGUUAUGGGUGUAGAGAUCAUAGAUAAUCGACCGGAAGAUGAAACCAGAGCUGCUCCGGUCGAAGACGUUAAAGAAGUGCUCAUUGAUGACAGAGAUCCGAGCCGAAAGACACAGAUCGGAACUAGAUUGAACCCAGAGGAAAGAGCAGAGUUAAUAGCUUUUCUCCGAGCUAAUAAUGAUGUAUUCGCAUGGACUUCGGCAGAUAUGCUAGGAAUUCCAAAUUCAGUAUGUCAACAUAAGCUCAGUACCAAUCCAUUGAAGAAACCAGUGGCCCAGAAACGACGUCUCUUUGGGGGGGAGAGGCUUCAGGCUAUUAAAGAAGAGGUAGAGAAACCUCUACAAGCUGGUUUUGUCAGAAAAGUUGAUUAUUGUGAAUGGGUGGCUAACCCAGUGCUGGUGAAGAAGGCAAACAGUAAAUGGCGAAUGUGCAUUGACUACACAAACCUUAACCAAGCCUGCCCCAAGGAUUGCUAUCCAAUGCCGAGCAUUGAUAAAUUAGUUGAAGCGGCUUCAGGUAAUGAGCGGUUAAGCCUCUUGGAUGCAUAUUCGGGGUAUCAUCAGGUGCCGAUGGCUCUAGAAGACGAAGAGAAAACCUCGUUCUAUGCUGGCGAUGCAAUUUAUUGCUAUGUCAUGAUGCCGUUUGGCUUAAAGAACGCAGGUGCUACUUAUCAGAAAAUGGUGACCAUUGUCUUCCGAGCUCAGAUCGGCAAGAAUCUGGAGGUGUAUGUCGAUGACAUUGUGGUCAAGAGCUUAAAAGCAGAAGACCAUCUAGCUUAUCUCGACGAAACUUUCAACAACCUCAGAAAGAACAGAAUGCGGUUAAAUCCAGCCAAAUGCAUCUUCAGCGUGGAGUCUGGAAAGUUUCUAGGUUUCAUGGUGUCCCGAAGAGGAAUUGAAGUCAAUCCAGAGAAGAUCAGAGCAAUUGCCGAGAUGGAACCGCCGAAAUCAGUAAAAGAUAUACAGAGGUUGACUGGAAGGGUGGCAGCUCUUCAUCGAUUCAUAUCGAAGUCAGCAGAUAAGUGCCUGCCAUUCUUCAAGAUUAUGAGGUCAGCCACCCAGAAGGAUGAAUCAGGAAAACAGAAGAAAUUUGAAUGGAGUCAAGAAUGCCAAGCUGCAUUUGAAGAGCUGAAGUCUUAUCUUAGCUCACCGCCUCUGUUGACUAAGGCUGUAGAUCGAGAGAUUCUUUAUUUGUACCUGGGGAUCUCAGAUGAGGCCAUUAGUUCAGUUCUGGUGAAAGAAGAAGCCAGGCAGCAGAAACCAAUCUAUUAUAUCAGCAGCGUGCUACAUGGAGCAGAGCUGAGGUAUCCUAUAGCUGAGAAAGUAGCAUUAGCAGUCGUCACUUCGGCUAGAAAGUUGAGGCCAUACUUCCAGUCACACCCAAUCAUUGUCCUUACAGACCAACCUCUUCGACAGAUUCUACAAAAGCCAGAGUGCUCUGGAAGGUUGAUUAAGUGGGCAGUAGAAUUGGGGGAGUUUGAAAUAACAUUUCAACAGAGAUCCGCAAUCCGAGCUCAAGCACUGGCAGAUUUUAUUGUCGAAUGCACCCCAUGUCCUUCAAUCCCUAAUCCAGAGCCCAACGACUGGACUUUAUAUGUUGACGGGGCAUCUAGUAAUAAGGGUUCAGGAGCUGGUGCUCUCUUGAUUGGUCUAGAGGGAUAUCGAAGCGAACAUGCCCUGAAAUUCAAUUUUGAUGCAACAAACAACAUGGCUGAGUAUGAAGCUCUACUACUUGGCCUACAGCUAGCAUUGGAGUUGAAAAUCAGUGCAAUUCAAAUAUACAGUGACUCCCAGCUGGUGGUAAACCAAAUCAACUCAAUCUGCGAAGUCGUUGAUCCUGUAAUGGUGAAAUAUGUAGCCUUGGUGGCCGAGCUGAAAUGCAAAUUCCAGAAAUUCUGUCUGAGCAAAAUUCCCCGAGCUGAGAAUGAACAGGCAGAUUCACUCUCCAAGUUUGCCUCUGAUAGCUCUUUAAGUUCCAGAUCCGUUUUUGUGGAGGUCUUAGAUGAACCAAGCUUCAUGAAGCCUCGGAUGAUGGAGGUUAGCACAAACCCUGACAUGCCGAGUUGGACUGACUCAAUUAUCUCCUUUUUGCGAGAUGGGAUAGCACCUGAGAACAGGCAGGAAGCAAUGAAGUUGAGGAAGAAAGCAUCUCGGUAUACACUUGUUGAUGGGGUCCUCUAUAAGAGAUCUUUUUCACUUCCUCUUCUACGGUGCUUGAAUCCCUACAAAGUCGAGUAUGCACUUCAGGAGAAAUGUCCGAGGUGCCAAUUCUUUGCACAUCUAACUCAUCAACCCGCAGAAGAACUCACGAACUUGGUAGCACCAUGGCCAUUUGCACAGUGGGGACUGGAUCUUUUAGGUCCAUUCGUGAAAGGGGUUGGUGGUGUAACCCAUCUGGUUGUUGGUGUAGAUUAUUUCACAAAGUGGGUUGAAGCUCGGCCAUUAUCUAGUCUUACCUCCAAGAAGGUCGAAGAUUUUGUUUUCAGCUCGAUCAUCUGCAGAUAUGGGAUCCCGAAUCAAAUUUUCACCUCCGUUUACCAUCUGGAGUCCAAUGGCAUGGUUGAAUCUGUUAACAAAUGCAUUUUGGAAGGUGAAACACCUUACCACCUAGCCUUUGGUACCAAAGCAGUCAUUCCCGUUGAAAUAGGAGUCCCAAGCUUCCGGGUCACCCAUUUCGAUGAAAGGCGAAAUGGACAACUGCUUCGGGAAAACCUUGAUCUGCUUGCUGAAGUCAGAGAAGAAGCUCGGCUUCGAACUCUUGUAUACAAGCAGAAACUAGCCAACUUCUACAAUAAACGAGUCCGUCCUUGAACAUUCAAAGUAGGAGACCUCGUUCUCAGAAAAGCUGGCCUAACAGGGUUUGAAACUCGUUUUGGCAAACUCGCCCCAAAUUGGGAAGGCCCCUAUGCCGUGGCCGAGGUGCCACAUCCUGGUGCCUAUGUCCUCCAAGACGCUGAAGGAAAGAGAGUUCCUAGAGUCUGGAAUGUCAAUAACUUGAAGAAAUUUUACCCCUAAUAAAAUUCUUUCAAGUGA